ACAGUUGACACUUUACAUUGUUUUGUUCUAUUCUAAUGUCAUAAAAUAAUGGUUCUUAUAAAUGUUUACACAAGAAACAUUAAAAUUAAGUAUAAAAGUACCCCAUUUUCCAAAGCUACUUUUUUAGUUUUAAUUACUGAAUUAUUUACAAUAAUUUUUUCAUUUAUCAUCGGCUAUAACACAGGAGGAUUCUGGUUGAAGCAGGCAACUUUUUAUGAGCAACCCAAAGUGUCUUUACUCGGGGAUUAUAUAUUAAUGGCCACAACAAAUAAUACUAGCCCUGUUGUUUGCAGCACAUACCCUUUUUUUAAAAAACGUUUGCAACAAUACAACUUCUGUUCAGUAAUAAAGUUUAGAGAAAUAGACCACGAAUUUGAUGGAAAGAAUGAUGAAGUAAUUGUAGAAAUAAGUUUAAAUCUUUACAAUUUUACGUUAAAAUCAAUAAACUUAGUGCUUCCAAUAAAAUACCAAUUAAGUGAUCUAUGUCCAUUAAAAAUGCAGUCGUUAAUCUUUUAUCAAUACAAUUUUCAGCAAUAUGACGUUGUGACUGAAUUGAAAAUUAACGCUCAUUUACAAUUUUUUCAAUCUAGUCCUAUUUUAUGUAGUAUAAGGUUCUCAGAAAUUUACAAUUUUCCAGUAAUUGAAAAUAAACCAGAAAGUAAAAACUAUGCAUUAGAGAAUAUUAUGGAAAAAUAUUUAAAACGAAAUUUUACAACACAUUUAACAAAUGUAUAUGCAGUAACAAAAACUGAAAACAAACAAACAUUUACUCUCAGAUUACUAUUAAAAUAUCCAGAGCACCAUAUUUAUUACAAUCCUGGAUUUUGGCAAAUACUAAAAACUGCGUGGAUUCAGUACAUAGCCAUUUAUAUUUUAUUAGCUUGGCUAUCUCGAAAAAUAAGGAAAUACAUUUUUAAUAACAGACUGGUGUGGUAUUAUGAAGAUUCUCCAAUAAAUAAGAAAUCAAAUAAACAUAUUUACAAUUUAAUGUCUUUCAUUUAAUAAUCCAUCAAAAAUAGUCUAUUGAAAUAAUUUGGUACACAAAAACUAAAGAGCAUAGGCAUAAUACAUUUUCUAUCAUAUCAAUUUUAAAAAUUUUGCAGCUACUUAUUAAAAAAAGAUUUAAUUGAAUUCUUGUUUUAAAAUAUAUUGUUAGAUAAUUAGGCUGAAUUAUUUUUUUUAUUGUAUAUUACAAAACUGUUUAAAUACUUAACUAAAAAAAAAACAGAUAUAAAAAGAAAUAAAUAACUUUUACAAUAUUUUAAUAAACAUUGGGUAGUUACUUCCUUUUAAUAAUAAAACAACACUCAUCCUCAAAUGAUUAAACAAAAAUAAUCUCUUCUACAUCAAAAUUUCAGUUCUGGAAAAGAUUGGUCUGAACUUAUUACAGGUACAUCAUUUCUGUUAUCUUCCACAAUAAUAACGUUCCUAAGCAUAUCAUCAACCUCUACUAGAAGGUAUCUGUAUUGAUAAUUCCCAGCACACCUGUACCAUAUCCAAUUGAGCAGUUCCAGAAUGAAAUGAGCCUUUUAGAUAGAACUUCAUUCGUAAGUGUUUUCUUCCAUCUCUUCCUAUGUAAGCUAAAUGAGAAACAUGUUGUCUUCUUCCUCUCCUAGUUUCUUCACCGUACGCACUUAUGGGAAGUCCUAAUUUAUCUUCUACUCGUGGAUCAGCUAUACAUUUUUUUACAGCUUUUGAAUAUAUGUUGUUUGGACUAUUACUUGAAAACAAUUCAUUGAAUACAGCGUAAAAUAAAGUACCUGUUACAGCAACUCCAAGAGCGAUAAUUCCUAAAUAAGACACAGUUUUCGUAGUUUCUUUUACUUUUUCUCCUAAGGGCUUUACAUUUGUAUCUAACUCAACUUUUUCAGAUUUUGUUGUUAAACUACUUUCUUUACUAGCUUUAUUUCGCUUAAAUACAUUGUUAUAUAGUAUUGGACUAAAUUUUAAAAUUGUCCUGUAGUUAACUAAACAUGGUUGAACAAAUUUAACUGGAAGCAUAUUUCUGAAAUUUUAUAUAAUUAAGUCAAUUAAAAACAAAUGUAUUAUUGGUCCAUGAAAACAUUUGCAUUGUAUAGUUAAUUAUGCAAAAUAAAGUAACUACAUACAAACGAAAAUCUAAUUUUUUGACAUUUUAAUUCUUAACAAAACAACCUAUAACCUAUAAAUUAAAAAUCUUCUUUUUUCUGUAACUCCUUAGAUAAUAUAUGUACAGAUAGG